AUGAAGGUCCUGAGCAUCUCUGUAUUACUCUGUGUGGCCUUAACUCUAAGGGAAGCAGCAGGGCAGCAGCAGGCUGUGGCAGUGGAACAACUGAGCAUUGUUCCAGUUCUAGAAGAGGCUAAAGAGACUGGGCCACUGAAGCCGCUGGGUGACGCUCCAAUGGAGACCAUAGUAGAACUGGUAGAAAACAAAGUAGAGCUUGCUCUACUUGAAGAAGGGGAAGCUGAGGCUCAUGCUCUUGCGCUGGUCCAAGCACCAGAGAUAAGGUUUUUGCACUGCCCUGAUGGUUGGUACCUACAUCAGUCACGCUGUUUCCUCUUUGUGAACUCAUACUUGUCGUGGCACAACGCAGAGGAACACUGCAACACUCUGCAUGCAAACCUGGCCUCCGUUCAGAACCCCCGACAGUAUCGCUUCCUGCAGCAGUUAACGACAAUGGCCAACCGGCACAGCGCGUGGAUCGGUGGAUUCUAUCUCCAGGACAGGUGGCUGUGGAUCGACCGUGUAGGAUUCUACUACGAAAACUGGUACACACACCUUGAUGUGGGCCGCAACGCUUGCAUCCAUCUGCGCACCUCAGUGGGCUGGUCAAAUGCUCACUGUGGCACAGGUCUCCCAUUCAUCUGUGUGAAAAUGUCCUGUUAG